CUCUUCCACCAAAAUAAUCAUCGUACAGCGAUGAAGCUCGAGUUGUGCAAUUACAGUGGGUACAAGAUCUACCCUGGCCAUGGCAAGAGAUAUGUUAGGCUGGAUGGAAAGGUCUUCAACUUCCUCAACAAGAAAUGCGAGCGAGCCUUGUUAAUGCACCGUAAUCCUCGUAAGAUUACAUGGACUGUGCUCUAUCGGAGAAAGCACAAGAAGGGUACCACAGAGGAAGUCUCCAAAAAGCGAACAAGACGUAAUGUCAAGUUCCAGCGUUCAGUACAGGGGGCAACUCUUGAGAACAUCUUGGCUAAGCGAAACCAGAAACCUGAAGUCAGAAAAGCCCAGCGUGAACAAGCCAUCAGGGCUGCAAAGGAGAAGUCAAGGGCUAAAGAGCAACAAAAGAAGGCUACCAAGGCACAGCAACAACAGCCCAUCAGACAGAAGCAAAAAGCAGCCAAACCUGUGCAGACAAAGGCUCCUCGUGUUGGAGGAAAACGCUAAUGAAUUCAACUGUAAAAUGUCCAACAUGUAAUAAAGCCUUUGUUGAAAAUA